UAAGCAAUUAUUCAUUUCAUAGCUGGUCUCAUUCGCGCCACGUACAUAUUUUGAGUUACAAUGAUUUCAAAAAAUAUUAUACUGUUUUUUUGUGUCGUAUCUUUUGUUCAAAAAUGUAUCUCAGAUUCAAAAGUGGAGAUUUCUACCGAGGAUUGUAUCUCAGAUUCAAAAGAGAAGAUUGCUAUAGAGGAUAUAAAUGAAGGUCAACAUGAAGAAGUAACCGAUGAAUGGGAAAAAAAAUUUAAUAAAUACGACAGCAAUGGCGAUGGAUUGAUCUUCCCUAACGAAUUACAGGAAUUAUUAUUCCACGAGUUCAACGGAUUCAUCACCCUUAACCAUGCAAGCAGAUGUAUAGCUUUAACUAAUUUAAACGGAAGCAAUCAAAUAGGAUUAGAUCAUUUCAAACACAUGAAACCAAUAAUCGCGGUUUUGUCAAGGAGAGACAUUUCAGAGGACAGUGGCAAAGUCAAUGACGAAGUCGUUGGUGAGGGAACUGUUUUGAAAGAAGAUUUACCUAAAGAAAUUUCAGAGGACAAUGGCAAAGUCGUUUGCAAGGAAAGUAUUUCGGAAGAUCGUUUUGUAGAACGGAUAUGGAAUAAUUUUAAUAAUAAAGUGUUUGAUAAAUCAACGGAAAUUGACGAAUUAUUCUAUCUUAUGGGUCAUAACGAAGAUGAUCCAAUCGAAUCGAAAAAAUUAAAGGAAAUAGAAGAAAUGUUGGAAGCUUCUGAGAAGUUGAAUAACAUGUACAAAGGGUUUUGCAUGUUUGACAAAGACAAAAAUAGCAAACUGACCGCUGAAGAGCUUGUUGAACUAAUAAAAUAUGCACCUUUCCAGGAGGCCACCGUGGAAAAUUCACAAAAAUCGAUAAACAACUUCGAUACAAACAACGACGGUGUGCUUGAUUUUUCGGAAUUUGUAUUUCUUAUGCUUAAUCCCGAUGACGGAGAUACAGAGUUCAUAAAACUAUUCGGUAAAGCACGCAUAACUAGAGAACAAAUAAACGAUUACUUAAAACUGUACGGAAUACAACUUACAGAGGAAGAAUUAGAACAGAUGGAUCCUUCAAAUCAAAAUAGCAUAUCUCGCCGAGACGUUGAAAAAUAUGUGAAUAGUAGAUAAUCAUUCACAUUUAAUUCUGCUAUCAAUUACAUUUAAUAAUCAUUUCAUACAUAAGUGGCAGUAAGG